AUGAGAAGCCUUACAAGUGCGAUAAGUGUGGGAAGGGCUUCACCAGGAGUUCAAGUCUGCUCAUUCAUCACUCAGUCCACACGGGUGAGAAGCCUUAUAAAUGCGACAAGUGCAGGAAUGGCUUCAGCCAGAGCUCCAAACUGCACAUCCUCCAGCGAGUGCACACCGGCGAGAAGCCCUGUGAGUGUGGGGAGUGCGGUAUGAGCUUCAGUCAGCGCUCCAACCUGCACAUCCACCAGCGCAUCCACACAGGGGAGAGGCCUUACGAGUGUGGGGAGUGCGGUAUGAGCUUCAGUCAGCGCUCCAACCUGCACAUCCUCUAG